AUGGUGUAUGUGAAGCGGUGGAGCGAGUUCAAGGCGCGCGCGCUCGCGCUGCAAGCGGCGCAGCCGGAGCGUACACGCCUUGUGCUCAAGGUGCAGCCCAAGACACAGACGCUCGUUGUGAAGAUCACAGACGACCACGUCACGCUCAAGUACCGAGCCAAGUCGCAGAUCAUCCUGAACCGCUUUGACGAGCUGCAGCGACUGCUGCUCGAGGCGAUGUCGGGCAUCGAGGCGCCGCCGCCCGCGCCGGAGCCGGCCAGCGCCGCGCCGCCCGCGCCCGCGCCGAAGAGCGGCGGCAAGAAGAAAAAAGGCAAGAAAAAGUGA